UGUGAAAAUGGGUGGAUACUGAACAACUUUUUAUAUAUCUUACAUGUGCUAGGGAAUUAUACAAAUAUAUCUUAUAGGGAAUUAAGUUAUCUUACAUGUGCUAGGGAAUUAUACAAAUAUAUCUUACUAGAUAAUAAGUGUCAACACUUCUCAACACGUUUGCUUUUGAUGUGGAGCAAUCAUAAAGCCGUACUGUUAUACCACUUGUUAAAAGGAUAAAAUGUUUCUAAGAUAUAACAAUAUCACAGAAAUUUCUAUUCUUUGAAAUAAAAAUCAUGAUGACUGUAUUUCCUCGAGAUGGAUGACUUGUUCAAGUCAAUUGAUUUUGGAAAUUUUGUGGAUAGAACUGCUGGAACGGAUAAUACAGAGGAAAGCUCUUUCACAUCUUUCAACUACACAACAUUUCACCAAGUAGAAAAUGUAACACAGUUUAAUAUUGGAGAUUUUAUUAACUUUUUGAACAAUUUGACUGCUAAUAAUACAAUAGACCCUUUCCGGAGAUCAGCAGAAAUUCUGUCAAAACCAGAUACAAUUAUUACUCUGAUUCUGUGCUCUUUGGCAUUUUGCAUAAACACAGUGUCAAUUUGUGCAACAUACAAUAUUCCCAAUGGAUUAACGACCCAUUCUAAACUGAUUAUAAGUUUAGCGUCUUCAGAUAUACUAGUGACGAUUAGUGUUUUUGCUCAUUUGAUGAUUAAAAUGUUUAAUCCUCUCCAGAAUCCACUGUUAACUUCUUCAGCGGAGAGACUUCCAUCAUCGUGUCAAUUUGCUUUUGUGAGUUCUCUAAAUAUCAUGGCACAUCUAAUAUCUCUAUUGAAUCUACUAUUGAUGGCCAUUGACCACUAUGUGGCCAUAAUGAGACCGCUGCAUUAUAUCUACAUAAUGAACAAACGUAAUGGAUGUAUUACUAUCAUAGUUGUGUGGCUGUUGGCGAUUAUCGGUGGAUUUUUAAAUUUCUUUACCGGAAUUGCUUCAUUUUCUAAUCGCUCCAGUAAAUAUCUAAACUACUGUGAAUAUAUCAUGUAUAAUGAUUUCUAUGGAGAUUACUUAGUAAUAGCUUGUACUUUUUUGUGUUUAAUAUCAAUCAUUUUUAUAUACCUCAGAAUUUAUUGUGAAGUUAAAAGAAUUACGAAUAGAAUCCAGAUAUUACGAUAUGAUGAAGAACACAAUUCUAAGACCCUUAUAACAACACUUUUAAUCAUCGGAACCUUCGCUAUCUGCUGGAUUCCUAUCAUUUCUUUCAAUCUUGUGAUAAUCAUUCAAAUCCAUCUAGAUAUUGAGUCGGUGAAAAAGACGUUCAAAUUUUUAUUGUUAGCGAACAAAUAUUUAUAUGCAUUACUUCUAGUCAAUUCAAUAUGUGACCCUGUUAUUUAUGCAGUGAGACUGAGAGAAGUUCAAUUAGGAUAUUUUAAAUUCCUUAAAAAAACUAGAGAACUUUUGAAGAAAAAGAAACAUACAAGACGAUUUUCUAGAUGUGUUACACAAAUUGAAACUGAUAGAACGAUAGGAAUUGAGGAAAAUCCCUCUGAUAGUGCAUUUUCUUUUCGUGUAGUAAAUAAUGUUGAAGACUUUGCCGAGGACACAAGUAAAAGUGAAGAAAAUGAAACUUCACAUUUUAGUCAAAAUGAAGAUAAUGAAACUUCACUUUUAAACAUCAAUCAUUGUGAGUCUGUUAUUUAG